AUGGAAAAUAUGCAGCUGGAUAUGAAAGUAGCCCCAUUUGUUGUUGCACUAUCGGGUGUUGUUUGCAUGCUUAUAUUUAGUGCAAUUGGCUCUGUUGUUGGGUCUGCAAAGGCUGCUUCGUCUGCUGCUGUUGUGGCAAAUCGUGGGACAGACAUAAUUACCAAAGCAUACUUACCUGUGCUUUUUGCGUCUGCUGGGUUCAUGUAUGCGCUUAUUGUGACCUUUUUCUCUCUUCGGGAGCUAAAAGUUGAUAUGCCCGUCGAGUCUGCAGGAAGGGUGUUCACUUCUUGUAUUAUAUAUGGAGUUGGAGGCCUUUUCUCUGGCAUUGCAAUUGGAGAAGCAAACAAGAAUGGAAUUGUUAGGCUGAGCGAGAAUAGAAAAGUGUUUCUUUCUCUGCUUAUUGUAAAUUCAACAAUCGAAAUGGUUGCUGUAUUUUCUCUGAUUUGCUCAGUUAUGAUCCUACUUGUUGGAAAGUAGUAACAAGAGUCUUUUACAUAUGGCACUCUAUAAAAUAGAAGAAUGAUUGGCAAUCGUAUUUGUAUUUCCAGAUGUACUUACUCACAGCAAUAUAAAUAAUUCCAUAUAUAAAUGUUAUAUGAGGAUGUUAGUAUAUAGAACAUUUGUAUUAGUUAUGGUAUUAUAUAGAUGUAAUAGAGCGGCAGUAUAAUAAUAACCAGAAAUAUACAUUCCAGAAGUUAACAUACGGCCAUUUGCUAUGGGGCAUGAACUGCAUAAUGCCAAGCGCUUGCAACCGAAUUAAAGAAGAAUAUAUAAAAUCAUCUGUGCUAUUCAAGACAGCAAAUAAAUUUGGA